CAGAAGGCAUGGAGGCACCCACGCCGACUGCUGAUUGGCCGCGCGGGCCUCGCCCCUGCUUCGCCUCUUCUGGCUUCGGGUCUCUGCUGGGGGUAGGAGCGGACCGAGCUAUCUCGGAUCACAGCGGCCUGGAGCCCUUGGUAAGGGCGUGGACUGCUUGCUUUUCGGCUCCAUGGCUGCACUGUCAGUGUCUCGGAGACUCAGGGGGCUUCUGCGCGCAGCCGGUCGAGGCUGCAGCUCAGGGGCCCCUGCGACGCUGCCUCGCAGUGGGGAGCCGGCUGUGCAAGAAGCCCAGGUGUCAUCCCCAGCCAGGAGAAGGGAGUUCCUACGAAAUCAUGCUGCCCCCUUCUCUGCUUUCCUCACUGACAGCUUUGGCAGAAGACAUAACUACCUGCGCAUUUCCCUCACUGAGAAAUGUAAUCUUCGUUGUCAGUACUGUAUGCCUGAAGACGGCGUCCCACUGACUCCCAAGGCUCACCUGUUGACCACGAAGGAGAUUCUGACCCUGUCCCGGCUCUUUGUGAAGGAAGGGGUGGACAAGAUCCGACUCACGGGUGGGGAGCCUCUCAUCAGACCUGAUGUGAUAGACAUUGUGGCUCAACUACAACAGCUGGAUGGCUUGAAGACCAUCGCCAUUACCACCAAUGGGAUCAACCUUGCCCGGCUGCUACCUCGGCUCCAGGGAGCUGGGCUCAGUGCCAUUAACAUCAGUCUAGACACCCUAGUGCCAGCAAAGUUUGAGUUCAUCACCCGAAGGAAAGGCUUCCACAAAGUUAUGGAGGGCAUCCAGAAGGCCAUUGAGUUGGGCUUUGACCCUGUCAAGGUGAACUGCGUGGUGAUGCGUGGCCUGAAUGAAGAUGAGCUGCUGGAUUUUGUGGCCCUCAGUGAAGGGCUCCCACUGGAUGUGCGCUUCAUAGAGUACAUGCCCUUUGAUGGAAACAAAUGGAACUUUAAGAAGAUGGUCAGUUAUACGGAAAUGCUGGACAUGAUCCAACAACGCUGGCCAGAGCUGGAGAAGUUGCCAGAGGAAGCCUCUAGCACAGCUAAGGCCUUCAAGGUCCCUGGUUUCCGAGGCCAAAUCAGCUUCAUUACAUCCAUGUCUGAGCAUUUCUGUGGGACCUGCAACCGCCUCCGCAUCACAGCUGAUGGAAACCUCAAGGUUUGCCUCUUUGGAAAUUCAGAAGUGUCUCUACGGGAUCACCUUCGGGCUGGGGCCUCCGAGGAGGAGCUACUGAGCAUCAUUGGGGCUGCUGUGGGCAGAAAGAAGCAGCAGCAUGCAGGCAUGUUCAACAUUGCCCAGAUGAAGAACCGACCCAUGAUCCUCAUCGGGUGCUUCCCCAAGCUCGGAGAUGCUCCUCUGACCUCUUCCAGCCUUCCCCUCUGGGACUCUCCUCAAAUCCAGGGGCUCAGAGCCAGAGGGAGUUUCUCCAGCCAUGUGGGAGCCAUGUGGACAAAAUGGGGAUUGCCACAGGUCCUUCCUCUAACCCAACCGAGGCUAGAGGCAAGAUCUUCCUGGAGAUUCUACAGCUCUUUCCCCCAGGAUCCUGACUCCAGCACUAAGUGCCUUAACACAGAGACACCAGCUGUCCCAGCUACCCCCAGACUCUCUCCUCUCUCAGACCAGCUGACCCACGUGGACUCAGAGGGACGAGCUGCCAUGGUUGAUGUGGGCAGAAAGCCAACCACAGAACGGGUGGCUGUGGCCUCGGCUGUGGUCUUCCUAGGGCCUGAGGCCUUUAACCUUGUCCGCCAGAACCAGCUACAGAAAGGUGAUGCUUUGGCUGUGGCCCAGCUGGCUGGAAUCCAGGCAGCUAAACUGACCAGCCAGCUGAUCCCACUGUGCCAUCAUGUGACUCUGAGUCACUCCAGGGUCCAGCUGGAGCUGGAUGCUGCCCGCCACGCCGUGGUGAUCCAGGCUUCAUGUCGGGCAUGGGGACCCACUGGUGUGGAAAUGGAAGCCCUCACUUCUGCUACCAUCGCUGCCCUCACCCUCUAUGACAUGUGCAAAGCAGUCAGCAGGAACAUUGUCCUGGGAGAGAUCAAAUUGCUUAGCAAAACAGGGGGCCAGCGAGGGGACUUUAACCGAAGCUCAAAUUCCGAACCUUUUCACCCCCAUCUCUGACAGACCAAAGUCCCCUUCCUUCCUGAGAAUCUGCAGCAGACUUUCUAUCAGCAUCUAUGAUGAGGAAUAGAUUUGGGGGAGGACAUCUCAUCUUUGUCUGGGUCACUGUGCCCUUUUAUCACUCCCCAUUAUCCCAGACUAAAGAAUGUGAGAGCUGGGAGGUACCUUAAGAAUAGUCGUGGAUUCAGAGCUAGAAAGGACCUCAGAGGCCAUCUAGUCCAAAACUGAGGCCCAAAGUGGGAAAGUAACUAACUAGGAUGGAGGAGUCGGGGCGACACCACUAGUCAGACAGAAAUGGGGUUAGGCCUCGAAUUUUAUACCUGGGGAUAGUGAGAAUUAGAAUGAUAUUUUACCUUUGCAGAGCAUUCAACAUACUUUUUAACAUUCAGCGCUUUUCAAAAUAUUUUCAUAUCCGCGAUAUCAUUUGCCCCUUGGAAUAACACUGUGAGGCUGACAAUGGGGAGACAAAGGUCCAAAUCAUCUACGAGUUAAACCAGUGGCCCUGGAUAAGAGAGUUUAUUAAUACCACCUACCCCCAAUGUACUCUCCCUUGGUUGCCAUUUUUUUCUACCUUAUUUGUUUUUGCCUUGGUUCAGGUCUUUAGUGCAGUUUUAAGCUUUUAAAUAAAGGGGCCCUAAGACUCUAGGGAUAUCCUGUAUUUGCUGUUGCCCCCCUUAUCUUCGUAGCCCACCACCCCCACCCCAAACAGGUUGACAUCCCCUUCCUUCCUGGGAAAGGACUUUGGUCCAGUUUCUUUUUCCAGACGGGGAAAGAAGGGAGGAUAGACAGACCCUAGGGGUUUUUGUUUGUUGCUUUUAUUGAUGCCCUUAAUUUUUUUAACCCUCAUAAUCAUUUCCAGAUAUGCCCUCCCACACCCUCUAUGAGCUUUCCUUGAUGAUAGAAACAAACAGUUGAGGAGAAACCAGCCAAGGCAGAGACCACGUCUCACAGUAGGAGGAGGGGGGCUCAUUUCCUCAUCCCUUCUCCAGACCUGAGUUAUUCUCAUCUUUCCCAUGAUAGCCUUGCCCCGGCCAGCCAGAGAAGCAAAGAUUUAUGGGUGGCCGGCACUCACUCCCUUCUCUCCCCAUUCCUAGCAAGUUUAUGUAGGUGGGGUAGGAAAAGGAAUUUUAUUGGUGAGGAUGAAUGAGGAGGAUUUCAGCCUAGCUGUGGAGUUCAAGUUUUUACACUUGGAAAGGAACUCAGUGACCAUUCCUGUCUUGGGCUUCUUUCUUUCUAGCUCAGGAAUGUAAAUGUAGUCUGAUUCCUGUUCCCCCAACCCAUAUCCCUUUGCAGAUUUACCUUAAUUUUCCUAUUUCACAGAAGUGAGUAUGGAUAUAAUAUAUGGAUAUAUGGAUAUGUUGUUGGGCCUGGAGUCAGGAAGACCUAAAUUCAAAUCCAGCCUCAGACGCUUCCUGGUUGACCUUGGACAAGUCACUUAACCUCUGUUUGCCUCAGCCUUCUCAUCUGUAAGAUGGAGAUUAUAACAGCACCUGCCUCGCAGGGUUGUUGUGAGAAUCAAGUGAGGUAAUAUUUGUAAACCUCUUAACACAGUGCCAGGCACACAGCGCCUCCAGAGUGGGGUGACUGUGAAGAUUUAAGGCAUUCUUCCUUAUCCUCCCUCCCUCUACAUUAACCCAAAAUCCUCCCAUUUGCUUAUUUUUAACUGAGCUAAUAACCUAUGAGGAGGCCCACCACUAGAUGUCUGUCUUCCAAAGGUUAGUUCUAAUAAACCUUUUCCUAUCUAAAUUUGAGUCCAGUUAGUGUUGGGGGAGAAGGUGGCCUUAAGCCUGACUUGUGGUACCAGCCCUCCUUCCUCAAGCCCCUCUCACCUUCAGCCACUUGGGAUUUCUUGGAAAAUUGUAUAGGCCAGGCUCCCACUGCAGUAUCAAAUGGAACCUCUCCCUGCAUUCCCUAUCCCUCAAGACAAGGAUCAGACCAGCCACAGGCUGCUAGGAUUCACAAAAGUCCUGUUUUCCUCCCCCCACCACCUCCUCUCCCCAGCCAACAAGGCAAGAAAACCUACUCGCCUUUCCUACCAGUUAGAGAUCCAUGAACGCCUUAACUCACCUUCUAUGUCUGACCACUUGAAAGGGCUUCCCUUUGCAAUGCUAGACUAGAUGAUGUCUAAAAAGGCUUCUUUUCUUGUUUUUGUGGUACUAUAUUUCCCAAGACCACUCCCACCUGCUUUGUUUAACCCCAUGAUUUCCUCCUGGCCUUAGCCUUCCUUCCAUCUCCUGGCUUUCAUCCCCUCAUUAUCUCCCCCAGUUCUAAAACAUAAACAUUCAUUUUUGAGGCAAAACAAGGCAAGAUAACAAAGAUUAGGCACAAGACAGGCUGUAAAGGGGCUGUACGGAUUUAAUAUUUUUAGUAUUACAGUAUAUUCUUAUAAAAAAAGGUGCGAAUAAAAAGGACACUACAGAUUUUGUACAUUA